GCGGAGGGGCCCGCGGAGGAGCCGGUUGGACGCGUGCAGCCUGGCCGGGAGGGCGGGCGGGCGGCCUCGGCAGGGGGCCUCUGGAUUCCUUCCGCGUUCUUGUCUUCCCCUGUUGAGGCUAAGCGUGGCCCCUUCAUCCAGCCCAAACUCCACGGCAGCCUCUUCAAUACAGCCUCUCAUUCCUCCCAGAACAGGGUUCCUGGGACUGAGCUAAGAAUUCGGCACCAUGGAAAACGAAGAAGAAAACGUGCUCCAGGAAGGCGAAGAAGAGGAGCUGAAGAUCUACGGGUACAACUUUUGCCGGUGGAAGUUGGUCUUUGUGGCCGGAGGGGUGCUGUGCUCGGGCGGCCUCCUCCUCCUCCUCCUCUACUGGAUGCCGGAGUGGCGAGUGAAGGCCAGCUGCCAAAGGGCUUCGCUGAGACGUUGCCAGGUGGUCCUGCUGAGAACGACCGACGAAUUCCAGAGCUGGUUCUGCGCCAGGGUCCGGAGGGUCUUCUCCCUGGGCCGCCACCCCUUACAGGCCCCCAAAGAGCUGGCCUCGGAGAAGGUGGCCAACGGCUCCAGCGCUCCCCUGUGCGUCCCUCCCUUGGAAGAGAGCGGCGGGGGCGGCAGCAUCAGCAGCAGCGCCUUGGACGGCCUCUCCCAGGACCCACAGCUCCUCCAGCUGCGCUAUUUCACCCACCACAGUGUGAAGUAUUUCUGGGACGACGCGCUCCAGAACUUCACUUCCAUAAAGGGUUUGGAUGACUCCACGACCUGCGCUUCCAUCCACCGGGAACACAGCACGGGGCUGACGAAGGAGAUGCAGGACUACAGGAAGAUCUUCUAUGGACUGAAUGAAAUCGCGGUCAAAGUGCCUUCCAUUUUUAAACUCUUGAUUAAAGAGGUCCUCAAUCCGUUCUACAUUUUCCAGCUCUUCAGUGUGAUCCUCUGGUGCACGGAUGAAUAUUACUACUAUGCAAUCGCCAUCGUCAUCAUGUCUCUGAUCUCCAUCGCCAGCUCUCUGUACAACAUCCGGAAGCAAUACACGAUGCUGCACGACAUGGUGGCAGCUCACAGCAUCAUCCGGGUCUCCAUCAGCAGAGCCAGCCAUGGUGUGGAGGAGGUUCUGUCCACGGACCUGGUGCCCGGGGACGUCAUUGUGGUCCCGCUUCGGGGGAUGAUCAUGCCCUGCGACGCGGUGCUUCUCAGCGGCACCUGCAUUGUCAACGAAAGCAUGUUGACGGGGGAGAGCGUCCCCGUCACCAAGACCAACCUGCCCAACCCGUCCAAGGACUGCCAGGCCCUGGAAGAGGAGGUCUACGACCCAGAUGGGCACCGCAGGCACACCCUCUUCUGUGGCACGACCGUCAUCCAGACCCGCUUCUACACUGGGGAGCUGGUCAAGGCCGUGGUGGUCAGAACAGGCUUCAGCACUUCGAAGGGGCAGCUGGUGCGCUCCAUCCUGUACCCAAAGCCCACCGACUUCCAGCUCUACCGCGAGGCCUACCUCUUCCUGCUCUGCCUGGUGGGCGUGGCGGGCAUCGGCUUCCUCUACACCAUUGUCAUCAGCAUCCUCCACCAGGUCCCCGCCCGCAUCAUCAUCAUCGAGUCCCUGGACAUCAUCACCAUCACGGUGCCCCCGGCUCUCCCAGCCGCCAUGACGGCCGGCAUUGUCUACGCGCAGCGGCGGCUGAAGAAGAUCGGCAUCUUCUGCAUCAGCCCCCAGAGGAUCAACAUCUGCGGGCAGCUGAACCUCGUCUGCUUCGACAAGACCGGGACCCUGACGGAGGACGGCCUGGACCUCUGGGGCAUCCAAAGGGUGGAAAGUGCCCGCUUCCAGCUGCCCGAGGAGAGCGCCUGCACGGAGGCCCUGGUGCGGUCGCCCUUCGUGGCCUGCAUGGCCACGUGCCAUUCCCUCACCAAGAUUGAGGGGCUGCUGUCCGGAGACCCGCUGGACCUGAAGAUGUUUGAAGCCACCGGAUGGGUGCUGGAAGAGGCCACAGAGGAGGAGACGGCCCUUCACAACCGGAUUAUGCCCACGGUUGUCCGGCCGGCUAAGCAGCUUCUUCCGGACUUCAACUCUGGGAACAACAAGGAAAUGGAGCUCUUCCAGCUCUCGGCCAGCUACGAAAUCGGGAUCGUGCGCCAGUUCCCCUUCUCCUCCGCCCUUCAGCGGAUGUGCGUGGUGGCCCGGAUCCUGGGGGAGAAGAAGAUGGACGCCUUCGUGAAAGGGGCCCCGGAAGUGGUGGCCGGGCUGUGCAAGCCAGCCACUGUGCCGGCGGACUUUGAGCGGGUGUUGGAGGACUACACCUGGCAGGGCUUCCGGGUGAUCGCUCUGGCUCACAGGAAGCUGGAGUCCAAGCUCUCCUGGCACAAGGUGCAGAACGUGGCCCGAGACGCCAUCGAGAGCAGCCUGGAUUUCCUGGGGCUCAUCAUCAUGCAGAAUAAGCUCAAGCCGGAAACGCCGGCCGUGCUGGAGGACUUGCACAAGGCCAACGUCCGCACCGUCAUGGUCACAGGCGAUAACUUGCUGACCGCCAUCUCCGUGGCCCGGGACUGUGGCAUGAUUCUACCUCAGGACAAGGUCAUCGUGGCUGAAGCGCUGCCUCCCAAGGAUGGGCACCCAGCCCGGAUCAAGUGGCACCACGCCGAUGCCCUCGAGAGGGCUCCCGAGGCCACACCCACCAUCAACUCAGAGGAUAUUCCCAUUAAACUCGCCCAGCAGAACUGCAAAGAUUCCCACAAAACCAGGUUCCACUUUGCGAUGAACGGGAAGUCCUUUGCUGUCAUCCAGGAGCACUUCCAGGACCUGGUGCCCAAGCUUGUGCUGCACGGCACGGUCUUUGCCCGCAUGGCCCCGGACCAAAAGACGCAGCUGGUGGAGGCCCUGCAGAAUGUGGACUACCACGUGGGGAUGUGCGGGGAUGGGGCCAACGACUGCGGCGCUCUGAAGAGGGCCCAUGGCGGCAUUUCGCUCUCUGAGCUGGAGGCCUCCGUUGCCUCUCCCUUCACCUCCAGGGUGGCCAGCAUCGCCUGCGUGCCCAACCUGAUCAGGGAAGGCCGGGCUGCCCUAAUGACGUCCUUCUGCGUCUUCAAAUUCAUGGCUCUCUACAGCAUCAUCCAGUACUUGAGCGUGACUCUGCUGUACUCCGUCCAGAGCAACUUGGGAGACUUCCAGUUCCUCUUCAUCGACCUGGCCAUCAUUUUGGUGCUGGUCUUCACCAUGAGCCUGAACCCGGCAUGGAAAGAGCUCGGGGCCCAGCGGCCGCCCUCUGGCCUCAUCUCGGGGCCCCUCCUCUGCUCCGUCCUCUCCCAGAUCCUCAUCUGCCUUGGCUUCCAGGUCCUGGGCUUCCUCUGGGUCAAGCAGCAGCCCUGGUACGAGCCCUGGAGCCCCUCCUCAGACGCCUGCAACCUCUCCGCCGCGGCCAAUGCUUCCCAGCCGGGCAACGUCUCCUAUCACGACGAGCACAACAUCCGGAACUACGAGAACACCACGCUCUUCUUCGUCUCCACCUUCCAGUACCUCAUCGUGGCCGUGGUCUUCUCCAAGGGCCGGCCCUUCCGCCAGCCCUGCUACAGGAACUACCUCUUCGUGGUCUCCGUGGUGGCCCUGUACGCCGUGGCCCUGGCUCUCCUGCUGCACCCGGUGGUGGCCAUUGAAUCCUUCUUGGAGCUGGUCUGCGUGCCUCCCGCCUGGCGGGUCUCGGUGCUCCUCCUGGUCCUGGCCAACGCCGCAGUGUCCCUGCUGGUGGAGAACUUUCUCCUUGACACGGUCCUUGGGAAGCUCCUCUUCAGCCGAGACAAGCCAGGGGAGGACCGCCUAGCUUCCUCUUCCUCCUCCUCCUCCUCCUCCUCCUCUUCCUCCUCCCACCACCACCCGUCUCAGGAGGGGCUGGACCGAUGCUGUGGGUGCGCCCUGCCGGGGCUGCUGCGCCUGAAGAAGAGGCCGCCCAAGGCCCGCUACGUGCACCUGGCCCAGGAGCUGCUGGUGGACCCGGAGUGGCCACCCAAGGGCCGCACCACCACGGAGGCCCCCGGCCCCUCCUGCCGGAACGGCUCCUGCCAAGGGAUCAGCAUGACGUAGCGGAGGGGGCCCCCCUGGCACACGCUGGGGCUGCCCACGGCCUGAGCUCUCUGCUGCUGAUGGGACGGACAGACAGGCUCCCCUCCCCCCCCGCGCCCCCCCCCCGGUCGAUGCCAGUCUUCCUCCCACCUGCCUCCCUCCUGAGCUGAGCACCUGGAAGGGACGGGCCUGCCUGGCAACCCUGGACACCGUCAAAGGACCCCUCCCCAUUCUCGUCUUCCUCCUGCCAGAGCUCUCUGCAGGCGCAGUCAGGCUGCCUUCCGCCCUCGGAACCAGCUCUGGGCUCCUCCACUCCGGGAGCCCCUGGCCGGCUGCAGCAGGUUGCCUUAACAGGCGGGGGCGCUUGGCACCAUCCCUGCUCAGCGCAGCCGUGGCGGCUCCGUCAGUGGAGCCGAAGCCUUUCACUGUGACCGCAUCGCUCGGGGCCAGCUGCCCCUGGAGGCCAGGCCUGCCCGAGAGGAAGAGCGGAUCAGGGGGACGGAAGGGGCAGCCACUCCCGCUGGACGGCCUUUUGAAGGCCACCCACGACCUCCCCCGACUGCAGGUCCUGCGCAGAGGGUGGCUGUGCUGAGACUGCAACUAACUCCUCCACAACGGUGCUAAUAGUUGGGGCGCAGCCACGGCCGGGAAAGGCUGCUGGAGAAGCGGCUGCAGUCGGGCCUUGCCCCCCCCCCCCCCCCGCCGCGUGCCAAGGAAGGCGGCCCACGCAGCGCCUGCUUCCCCCCCUUCUGCCCGUCCCUGAGGGACCAGUCUGCCGCGAGGCUCCUUCGACCCUGGAGCUGUGCUUGCCCAGCACCUCUCGCUUCAGGGAAGCGGUGGCUGCCGCCGGAGGACGGGGGACCCUCUUGGGGUUUUCCGAAAAAGGGGCCGCCACGACUGCCAGCUGCGCCUUCCCGCUCUCCUCCCCCCUCCCCAGCCAGGCAAAGAAAAGGGGGCUGGUCAGCAGGCCUUGGGGGACCCCCGGGGAAGCGCCCGCCCAGAGCCUGCGCGGGGUCUUCGGGCUAAAAGCAAUAUUGUGUUGAAGCCGGUCUCCCCUCCGGAAGGGAAGUGGUGCAUCUUGGAUCUGUUCCAAGGACGCUUAAGAUUGCGAAGUUGGAUGAUUUUAAAUCAUUAUUUUCUUAUACUUCCUUGGAGGCUUGUGAAUUCAGGUGAACCCUUUGCUAACUUGGAUUCAGAGUGGUUCGUAAAUUAUUUGAGUCAGACUUACCCCUAAAGCUGUAAGUUAGGAUUGUAUAUAUGGCCAAUUAAAUAUUUUAUUAUUUAUGCAUAUCUCUAAAGGACUUGCUUGCUCAAGGAAAGAGCAACUCUUAAAUUAUACUUUCUAAAAUAUCCAGAUUUUAAAAUAAUAUAUAUACACACAGACACACACACCUCCAUCCCUCAGGGUUAUUUUUUUAUUAACGCAUUGAUUUCUUCCCAAAUAACUAAUGAUGAGGCCGCUGGGUGUCGCAGGUGGGCAGGACACCCCCCACCCCUCGGGAGCUGCCUGUAGCCUCAGUGCUCCUGGCAGCUGACACGGCAGCCCCCCACCCCACCCACCCACCCACCGGGCGGCCCCCACCGGGCGCCCCCCCCGACUCCAGAGUGAAUGGGGAGGGGGCAGGAAUCCUCUCCAAUAUCGGGGUCUUUGUGUUCUGCUGGAAAGAUGGCCGCCUCAAAGAGGCCAGGACCCCCACCCAAUUCCCUCUGGCAGCGUUUCCAAUUGGCCAUUUGAGAAACGGGGCCUCCCUCGUUUUUAUUUAUUUUCCCAGUGGAGAAGUGGUUUUCCUUCGCUGGGUGAUUUUAUCUACUGUAGUAUAAUAUGGCUGCAUAUCAGUAGUUACGAGGUGAAGAAUAAUUCUAAAUGCUGCAAAUGAUCUUAUUCUCAAAAGCUUUCUUUGAUUGUCACAGACUUAAAAGGGCUUCAUGUCUUUAGCUUGCAAAGAUUAAAUUCUAAAAUCAAAUGUUUGUAUAUAUGAUGGAAAAGUUGAUUUAAAGGCUCAGCUACGAUCAUUUUAGGGCAUGGAUAUGUCCAAAUUUUUUUAAAAAAACUGUAUAAAUAUGCAAACAUUUG